CACAGACAAAACCUGCCUUUCCUCUGGUGCUUCAUAAUACCUGACCUCCCUGCCGGGAGCAGUGUGCAGAAGCCACUCUUCCAAGGACAGAGCCUGAGGCAGAGGGCUGAACAGAGCCAUGCACAUUGUCCUGGAUCUUCUCCUGCUCCUGGGUAUCAUCAUCUUCUCCUACUUGGAGUCACUAGUGAAGUUUUUCAUUCCCCAGAGAAGAAAAUCUGUGGCCGGAGAGAUUGUUCUAAUUACCGGAGCUGGACAUGGAAUAGGCAGGCUGACUGCUUAUGAAUUUGCCAAACGGAAAAGCAGAUUGGUUCUAUGGGAUAUUAAUAAGCAUGGUGUUGAAGAAACUGCAACCCAAUGCCGGAAACUAGGGGCCACUGUGCAUGUGUUUGUGGUAGACUGCAGUAACCGGACAGCGAUUUACAGUGCUGUGGAUCAGGUUAAGAAAGAAGUGGGUGAUGUAGCCAUCGUGGUAAACAAUGCUGGGGUCAUAUAUCCAGCUGAUCUUCUUAGUACCAAGGAUGAAGAGAUUACCAGAACCUUUAAAGUCAACAUCCUAGGACACUUUUGGAUCAUCAAAGCACUUCUUCCAUCAAUGAUAAGAAGAAAUUAUGGCCACAUUGUCACAGUGGCUUCCGUGUGUGGCCACGAAGUGAUUCCUUACUUCAUCCCAUAUUGUUCAAGCAAAUUUGCGGCUGUUGGCUUCCACAGAGCUCUGACGGCAGAACUUGAAGCCUUGGGGAAAACUGGUAUCCAAACCUCGUGUCUCUGCCCAGUGUUUGUGAAUACCGGAUUCACCAAAAACCCCAGCACAAGGUUGUGGCCUGUGUUAGAGACAGACGAAGUUGCAAAGAGUCUGAUAGAUGGAAUACUUACCAAUAAGAAAAUGAUUUUUGUCCCAUCAUAUAUCAAUAUUUCUCUAAUACUGGAAAAAUUUCUUCCGGAACGUGCCUUGAAAGCUAUAAGUCGUAUACAGAAUGUUCAGUUUGAAGCAAUCGUGGGUCACAAAACCAAAAUGAAGUGAGGUGUGUAGAGAUGUAUGCACAUUAAUGACAUGAAGCUGUUUGCAAUUGCUACUUUAAUGUUUUCUUUUACAUUUUUCAGUUCUCUUAUUACUUAAAAUGUAGUUUGGCUCUAGCAGCAAUCAGAUGAACGCGACUAAUUAAUUGUCUUUGUUUUCCAAGAAUAGGAAACUGUGAGAAAUAAAUUCUAGUGCUAAUAAAUGAC